CGUUGCAUUCUUCCUUCCUUUGCAUUGCCAGCGCGCCGCCAACAGGGCUUAGCGUGUUUGUUAGGCUAUGUGCGAACGCAAUGCGCUCUACACGCUUACGCUUCCUGGCCCUUUUUGUCGGUAAACAGUUGUUCCUUUUUUUUCAUUCGCUAACUUUGUUACCAUUUGGUGGCGAAGGGACGACCAACCCUUUCGGCUUUGAGAUGAGAUACGGUGGAAAAUGGGGGAAAACAGGGGCAUUGUUUGAGUAUUGCGCAAAUAGUAUAAAAGAAAGUAGUAGCACCCGGCCAUUAGACAGUGUGCAGUGCGAUAUCCGUUCGAGCAGGUCCUAUUGUCUUGACCGAAGCUCGUGCAGUGUGUGAAAUCGUUGAAACUGAGUGUUUUCCGUUCUCAGGGAAAAUUUGGCUCAAAUAAAGUGACAGCUUCCGUGUAGUGAAAGUGACAGCAUUUCUUAAUUGCACUUUGAACUCUAGAGAGUUGCUAGUAGCUCCAUGAACUGACCGAAGACGCCAGUUACCCAGAACAGCAAGCAGCCAACCCGAUCUCCAACUCGGUGACGUGAUUUGGGCGGGUUUUGUUUAACAAGCAGUUCCACGUCAGAACCGCUAAACACAAAAUGAAUAAGCUUGUGUUCGUGGUACUGUGUGCGCUGCUGGUUGGCGGGGCGCUGGGUGAAGCGGCGCUCGGCAACUAUUACAAGGAUGUCGUGCGGGAGCAGCACAAACUAAUCAAUGAGAUGAAUCAAAACUUUACCGAGCUGGAGAAGGCCAGCGAAAAGCUAAUCGAUUUGGGUUUCUACGUCGGCAAACACAAACUGCCACCGAAGACGGUCAAGAUCACCAAAACGGUGGCUGUGAAGGUGCCCGUACCGUUCCCGGUGAAGGUACCGGAACCGGUUCCGGUCCCGGUACCGGUGAGCAAACCCGUCCCGGUACCCGUUCCGACGCUGGUCGCUAUACCGGUCGAGAGUACUGCCGCCACCGUUGCAGCAGUUACUUUGGCCGGUAGUGCCAGCGACCCAAGUCCGUCGUCGUUGCCCGCGGAUGCUGACCCAGCGUCGUCACAGGCGCACGCGAGCACGGUGCAGGUCCAAGAGUACGUACAAUCGUUUCCAAUACACUCUGUAUACGACGCUGGCGACGAUUACAAUCCCAUGGAAGGAAACCGUCUUGCACUAGCGGAACACACUGCAUCCCCUACUGAGAGCACGUUCAGUAAACCAAGUCCUUCUUCACUUCAACAGUUGGAAGAAUAUCAGCACCAGUACGCCCACAACCAGCGCCACACCGAGCAGCAUUCGCAGCAGCAGAAGCAUCAUCAACAUCAAAAGCCAGCGCAAACGGGAUCGCAUACGGGCACGGAACACUACUACCGGGGACACGGGGGCAGCGGGGCCAGCGGGGGGCACCGACAGUACUAUGUCGGUGGUGCUCAAGUUCAAGCCGGUGCGAAUUCGCCUGCAAAGUUCCGACCUGAGUCUCAUGCGCUCCAAUCGGCGGCCGAGUCGUAUGACUUCGGGGACGGCACAAGCCAAUACCACACGACCUCGUUCACCCGUGCCACGGAUACGCCCUAUUCCACUGCGUCAGUCGUCUCCGGAGGCAAAUCUGCACCGUCUGCGUCGUCGGCCAUCAGUGAAGGCUACCGCUUUGCCAGUGAGCAGCAGCAGCAGCAGCAGUUCCAGCGAGGACAGCACGGAGGAUCUAUCUUCGAGUCUCAGCAAUACGGUAGAGGAGGAAGAGGAGGAGAAGGAGGAGGAAACGGAGGACGAGGUGGAACAGGAGAAUCGAGCGGCGGAAGAAUUCUUGGAUCAGACAUCGGAGGAGUCGGAGGAACAGGAAGUGACACGGAAACCGGUGCGCACUCGUACGUCAAGUUCAGCGAAGCUACGGGAAUUCAAGAAGAUAACCAAGCGUCCACGGUACCGCGAUUCCAAAGUGAAGGCGAAACGAGACUCCAAGCGGGAUUCGAAGCGGGAUUCCAAGAAGGACUACAAACGACACACCAAGCGGGACUCGAAGCGGGACUCGAAGCGGGAUUCCAAGCGGGACUCCAAGCGGACCAAGGUGCCGAAAAAAGUGCGCACCGUCAUGGAGCCGGUUCCAAAACGAAAGAAAUUAACGAUCUCACCCCACGCCCGUUCCAAACUGUUCGCGAAUCGUACCCGCGGUAUGAGAAGCCCGAUUUUGGUCGCUACCACACCCAUUCCAGUGAUUACCACCAGCGCCAUCACCACGGUCAUGACCACCAGGAUACCGGUCGCCAACAGCAAGGCAGUAUUGUCGGUGGAGGAAGUGGCAGCGUCCUCACCGAAGGCUACGAUCACCCGGCUUUCGCCAAGUCGAACCGACCUGGUGCCGCCCCCGCAUCAGACACCGGAGCUGUACCAACCGCCGCAACACACAGUUACACGGUAUCGGGGGAGCGGACCCUUUACCCGAAGGUAUCCUCCGCGAGCUACCAUCAUUCGCAUCCAUAUUCAACGGACCUUCCGGGGGAAGCGCAUAAAGAUCUUCAUCAUCAAACCGACACCACCGGGGAGCCCUUCCCUUUCUACCACGCCACCAAGCACGAUCCCCAUCUUGCUCGGUCAGCCCUCAAAUCGUAUCAUUCAGACGCUACUGCCAGCGGACCAUCCUAUCAGCUACGGCAACAGUACGGCGAACACAAGGAGUCCCAGGCGCGCGGUACAUCCGCGCAAACCGUACACGAGUUCCAUCACGCCGGUGGGUACAACACCUUCACCGAGCACCACCAGCAGCAUGACCAGUUUGGCCAGAAGCACAAGGGAAGCUACGGAACCUCCGCCAAGCCCACCGUCUACAGUGUCCCCAGUGACGCACACCUCUACCCUAGCUACAACAACCACGACCAUCACCACGGAAGCGGCAACAACGGCGCAUCCCACAGCCACGACCACACCGGAACAGCCGGAAAGUUCCACUACCACUUCCACAAUGUCCACCCAGUCGGAGGUGGUACCGGAAACGGUAACGACCAUCACCACCAGUCAGCUGCCAGCGAACAUCAGUACGCCGUCCACACCGAGCUCGGCCAGUACGGUGGUGUUGCCGGACCGGACGGAAGUCUCGUAACCUCGUACGAUCCACCUGCCAGCGGCAACACCUUCCAACUGCACGACGACGGUACGGGUGACAUGCUUGCCGGCGCUUCUACCGUGCAAGAACAACAACACCGUGAACCGUACGAGGAAUCUUCCCCGUACGGACACACGCAAUGAUCUCCGCAACGAAAGCUUCUAUGCUUCCACAACCACACGGAAACCUUGAUUGAUAGUUUUCCGGACGCAUGCUGUAGUACGAUCGCGCUAACAGCGGAUGAUUCCUGGAGUUAUUUAUAUUUUCUUCCUUUUUGACCAAAAAAAAGAAGUUCCUCGUACAUACUAGGUACUAUUUUCGACACUAAUUACUAUGCACUCGCUAUUCGUGCUCAGUGAUGCAUGGUUGCGUAUGCAUGUUUUACAUUUUCCCAUUCCUCAUUCCCCUUCGCUCUUCCGUCCGCUGGUCUUUUCGUAACGCGAUCAAAUAUUUUGCGACUUAUUACCAUCUUACAACAGUGCUACCAUUUUUCGGAGAGUAUCUUCCUGGCUUGCACAGGAAAACCGCCAUCAUCACCGCCUAUGGCAUGCCUGAUAUGAAUGUAAGCAGUGGAAAAAAAGUUUAAUCGAAAGCUGCGAUCGGGUGAAUCAUAUGUUUUCCGCAUGUGUGUGUGUGUGUGUGCGUAUGUGUGGAACCAUCGAUAAUUAACGUUGUAUUUCCAUCGUGUUUUGUUUGUUACAAUUUGUGUUUCUCAUUUUGUUAUGUUUUUACAUUUCCAUCCCAAAAAGGAAGCCCGUUACCGCCGUCCGUGUCGUACCGUGUUUUGUGUUGUUGAUUAGUGGUUUAAGAAUGUACGUUCACAUAGCUUGUGGGUUGGCCUGGCAACGCCUGCGAGCUUCCUCUUCACUAGUUCGCGUUUUUUGCGCUACGUUUAUACCUUUAAUACAUAAGGUAGCACGCACCAGGGUUGUUGAAAAUCCGGGCGCUGUACCAUCUGAAUAAAUUAGUAAGUUGAAACAUAAGUACAAGCUGUGUUUGCGUUUUGUUUGAUCGGUUUUCGUACUGUAAAUAAAAAGAUGACAUGUUAUUGAACCACUUUCGAACGAAUUUCUCUACAAGAAGACACCAUUUUUAGCAUUAAGAUAACAAAAAUUUGAAGCAAAUCGUUACAUAAUGGAAGUGA